CUGUGCGGUCCCCGGGCCGGCCGGAGGAUGACGGCCCCGGCCGAGGAGAAGGAGCAGCAGGAGCGGCUCCGGGAGGCCGCCGCCCUCGGCGACAUCCUCCAGGUGCGGAGCCUCGUGGAGAGCGGGGUCAGCGUCAACUCCCAGAACGAGAUCAAUGGCUGGACCUGCCUGCAUUGGGCCUGCAAACGCAACCACGGCCAGGUGGUCUCCUACCUGCUCCUCUCGGGGGCCGACAGAGAGAUUCUCACCGUCAAGGGGGAGCGGCCGGCCCAGCUGACGUCCAGAGGAGACAUCAGGAAGAUUCUGGGAGUGGAAGACACCGAAACCGCCGCCACCCUGGAGCUGAAGAGAGAAUCAGAAUUACCUUUCAUCCCCAGCUAUCUGGCCAACCCCCCUUUCCCGUUCACUUAUACAGCAGCCUCAGCCUCGCCAGAGGGAGCGACGGCCCAAAUCCAGAGUGGGGGCCCCUCCGCGUCCCCCCCUGCGGGGGCCGAGAUUCCCCGCCCAGGGGCGUUCCCGGGUACCCGGGCCUCUUUGCCCCUGGCCCAGAAUGGAGCCGUCCCUACUCCCUCCGUCUCCCCCACGGCUCCCCCCACCCCCUCCACCCCACCCGUUCCCCAAAGGAUGCCGGAAAGCACAAAGCCCAGCCCCGGGUGCCAACCCCUGUCGGGUCACACCUGCCCCCUGUUCUCCCCCAUCCCCCCGAAGCCACCGGUGCCCAUGGAGUCACACAACGGCCCAUCCGUGGGCCCCCCGCCGACCUUUCAGCCGUUCUUCUUCACGGGAACCUUUCCGUUCAACGUGCAAGAGCUGGUCCUCAAAGUGCGGAUUCAAAACCCAUCCCUUCGAGAGAACGACUUCAUCGAAAUCGAACUGGAUCGACAAGAACUCACCUACCAGGAGUUGCUCCGAGUGAGCUGCAGGGAACUGGGAGUUAGCCCGGAACACGUGGAGAAGAUCAGAAAAUUACCCAACACCCUGUUAAGGAAGGACAAAGAUGUUGCCCGCCUCCAGGACUUUCAGGAGCUGGAACUGGUCCUGACGCUAAGCGAUAGCAACUUCCUGCUCAGGAACGCAGCCUCCACCCUGACAGAACGACCUUGUUACAACAGGAGAGCGUCCAAACUGACCUACUGACGGCCCACAGGGGUGCGGCCAGCUGAGAGCGCAGCCCCUCCGGGCUUCGGGAAAGCUCGGGAUGGAAAGGCGUGGUUGGCCUUUCCAAUCCUCAGUCCCGCCCACGGGCGGUGUCCACUCUGUCGGUACCAGCGACCAGAGGACUUUUCGGAGAAGCGAUCUGCUUCUUGGUCCCUGGGAAGACUUGGCCACUCCUCCCCUCCCUCUCGCGCACGGAGGCGGGCACGGCCCUGCCAGUGACUGAGCUGUCGGGCCCGACGGAGAUCUCUGGAGCGCGGGCGCCUGGCCCAGGAAGGGCAGAGGAGGAGGAACGCGAGGUCCCCGACAGACGGCUUCCGCCCAGGACUGCAGCUGGGAGGUUGCUUAGAACGUGUAGUUCACUGUUUCUCAGGUUAAAGGUAUUUAACACUAGGAUAACAUACACUAAUUGUAAAUAGGCUGGUAACCAAAGUAGGUUCCCUCUUCCCUCUCCUUUUUCCUUCCAAACAUAUUCCUGGUUGGCUGGCUAUCCCGCAAGACUGCUUUUCCCCCUGAGCCGGUACCCACUAGAGGUCGCAUUCAUACCGACAAAAAAAAGCCGUUCGGCGUGUCCUCUGUCUAUAUAUAUAUAUUUAUCUUCCUCCAUCUCUCACACACACCCACAAUUGGGGCCAUCGCUGCCUAAGCCAAAGGAGCACAAACCCUGAACGCCACGUCAGAACCUCUGCCCCGCGCCACCCCCCGCAAAGGCCGUGGUCAGAAACCGGUCCGCCGGCACGACCGUCCCCGGCCCGGAGGCAGAGGUGAGUUUGAAAUUACAUUUCUAUGCAACUGUCAGAUCCCAGGGCCUGUCACCGCCAGCUCCGUUUCGCCUCCGGGGGCCAGAGACCCCUUCGGCUCCCCCGGCCUUCCUGUCUUCCGAUGUUUUAGGGAGCGGGGGCUGGGAUGCCCCCACCCAGGCUCCAAAUCCUGCAGCAGGCGAGCGCAGGAAACUCACUGCGUAGCCCGAGAAGCACCGGGGCUCGUGCCCGGCGUGGCAUCUUUGUCCAAAGUGUCCGUGGGCCACCGGAAGCGCCAUCAGCAUCCCACACACGGGCGAGCAGCUGAGCCUCCGGCGCCCGCCGCUCCAGCCGCCGACCGCCGUCCUGCCGUCUUAGAGAAGCAUUUAUCUUCCUGUAGUGCCUAUGGUUUCCAAAGAAACUUACCUUCUUAACUGUGGUAAAGCAGUGUUACGGGGACAGUGCGGCCAGGUGUGCGCAAGCUGUCGACGCGCGGAUACCACUCCCGGCAGAGGCUCUUCUCCGACCCCGCCGACCAGGCACUGCCCGGGGCUGGGAGGGCUUGUCAGAGCCCAUUGCCAUUCCCCCAAUUUCCAGCCCAGCACCGAAGUAGAGGGUGGAGGAGGGAGAAAGGUUGCUGAGGUCCCAGCCCGGAGACGGGCCCGGUGUUGAAACGCACCUUAAACUAGAUUCGGGGGGAACACCACUGCUUGUAGACCAGUCUAAAAGGCCUAAUCUAUGCAUCCAGAGGAAUAUUUUUGUAUGCUUUGGAUAACUGAAAACUGCCUGGAUUUUUUUUAAUUUUGUUAACCGUAAAUCCCCCCACUUAGCGGAGCAUGAAUUCCCCGUGGGCAUAAAGCGUAGAACGAAGGGGCCUUAGGCCCCCGCGCCGUACUGACCGGUUAUUCUAACAAACAUUAAUUGAAUUAAAUAGUAA